AUGGCCAGUUGCAGUUGCUGGUUGCCAGUCAGACAGAGUGGACGUAUCCAGUUUCUAUUAAGUUGUUCAACACAAACUCUUUUAUGUGUCAGUGCAUCCGUGGUGUCGAUGAGUGACUAGAACCAACAAUCGAUUGGAUUUGAAUUUUCGAACCGCCAACAUUUCGCGCCAAUGAUUCAAAAAUCGGAAAGCAAACGGCGGACAACUUUAUUAGAAGAAGGAAUUUUACUACAAUAGACACAUUUGUCCGAAAUCAACAAUAAUUUCGCCAUGAUAACUUUAGCGCAAAUGUUCGGGCCUCUAAGUCUGUGGGCUUCGUUACCUUCGUUCCUUCUCUAUUACCUAUUUUACAGCACGUUUGAUCACAACGACCCGGAGGGACCAGUCAAAGACACAAAGGUGUUCCAGACGGAAUACGAUUUCAUCAUCAUCGGUGCCGGUUCGGCUGGUGCCGUUGUGGCCAAUAGGCUUUCGGAGAUAUCCAACUGGAGAGUGUUGAUACUGGAAGCGGGCGGAGAUGAAACCUUCUUCUCCGACAUCCCAGGCGCCGUCCAGUUUCUCCAGCGCACCGACAUCGACUGGCAGUACAGAACGGUGACUCAAUCGGGAGCCUGUCUGGCUUUCAACGAUAACAAGUGCAACUGGCCGAGAGGGAAAAUCCUGGGCGGAUCGUCCGUCCUAAAUUACAUGUUGUACGUCAGAGGGAACAAACGAGACUACGACUCCUGGGCUGUGGAUAACCCCGGAUGGUCCUACGACGAUGUUCUGCCUUAUUUCAUCAAGUCGGAAGACAACCGAAAUCCUUACAUUGCCGCCAACAAGAAAUAUCACGGAACUGGCGGCUAUCUGACCGUCCAGGAGCCGUCGUACACUACGCCAAUGCUCAACGCUUUCAUCGAAGGCGGUGUCGAAAUGGGUUACGAAAACAACGACGGCAAUGCGGAAAUACAGACAGGUUUCAUGAAAGCUCAGGCGACAGUCCGACGAGGAUCGAGAUGCUCGACGAGCAAAGCUUUCAUCCGCCCGGUCCGCAACCGGCGGAAUUUCUUCAUUUCGAAACAUUCGCAUGUCCACAAGAUCGUCAUCGAUCCGAACACCAAACAGGCCACCGCCGUCCGUUUCGAGAAGAAGGGGCGAGUUUACGAAGUGAAAGCCAACAAGGAGAUUAUCUUGUCGGCCGGAUCGGUCAACAGCCCUCAAAUAUUGAUGUUGAGCGGAGUCGGCCCUGCGGAUCACCUCAAAUCGCUGGGCAUUCCGUUGAUGGCUGAUCUGUCAGUGGGAGAUAAUCUUCAGGAUCACAUCGCCCUUGGUGGCAUGGUGUUUACUAUCGACAAACCUUUCGGUUUCCUGGAUUUCCGUUAUUUCACGUUUCCGACGUUACUUAAUUGGACCAUCAACAAAUCGGGGCCUUUGUCGUCGCUGGGCGGAUGCGAGGGCCUGGCUUGGGUCAACACAAGAUACGCCGAUGCGGCCGGCGAUUUUCCCGACAUUGAAUUUCACUUUGUCGCCGGAGCACCGCCGUCCGACGGCGGAAAUGUCAUCCGCUACAAUCAGGGCGUCAGAGAUGAUAUUUGGGACGAGUAUUACAAGCCGCUGGAGAACAAGGACGCCUGGCAAUUGAUCCCCAUGUUAUUACGCCCGCAAUCGACGGGAACUAUCCGGCUGGCCUCCAACGAUCCGUACGCGGCUCCGCUUAUCGAUCCGCAGUAUUUCAGCAAUGAACAGGACCUCAACGUUCUCAUCGAGGGCACUAAAAUCGCCUUGGCGCUGAGCAAAACCAACGCCUUCCAGAAAAUGGGGACGAGAUUUUACAAUAAAAUCUUCCCCGGAUGUAAAAGCCACACUCCGUGGACGGACGCCUAUUGGGGCUGUUUCAUCCGCCACUAUUCUUCGACCAUUUAUCAUCCGGCUGGAACUUGCAAGAUGGGCAAGGCUGGGGAUCCAUCAGCCGUCGUUGAUGCUCGAUUGAGAGUCUACGGAAUCAAAGGAUUGCGGGUGGUCGACUGUUCCAUCAUGCCAAACGUCGUAUCCGGCAAUACCAACGCUCCAGCGAUAAUGAUUGGAGAGAAAGCGUCUGACUUGAUCAAAGAAGAUUGGCUUGUGCAAAGGAGUGACGAAACGGUUUCCCAGCAGCUCAACGGCUCACUACCAAUUGAUGUCAACAAAUUCAGUGCCAAAAAGAAGAAAGAGUUGUUGGAAAAAGAGACUCUGACAUUUUCCACACAGUCCGAUUCAUUGAGUUGAAUUCCUAGCUCAUCCAUCAUGUCAAAUUCUCAAUUAUUUAUUGAAAAUAAACUUUGUUGUAUAUUUC